GAAGCGGUCGGCAGUGCGGCGCUGUUUAAAGAUGGCGGCGGAGGAACCUCAGCAGCAGAAGCAGGAGCCGCUUGGCAGCGACUCCGAAGGUGUUAACUGUCUUGCUUACGAUGAAGCCAUCAUGGCUCAGCAGGACCGAAUUCAGCAAGAGAUUGCUGUGCAGAACCCACUGGUCUCAGAGCGGCUGGAGCUCUCUGUCCUAUACAAAGAGUAUGCUGAGGAUGACAACAUCUAUCAACAGAAGAUCAAGGACCUCCACAAAAAGUACUCAUACAUCCGCAAGACCAGGCCUGAUGGAAACUGCUUCUAUCGUGCUUUCGGAUUCUCCCACUUGGAGGCGUUGCUGGACGACAGCAAGGAAUUGCAGCGGUUCAAGGCUGUGUCUGCCAAGAGCAAAGAGGACCUGGUGUCCCAGGGCUUCACUGAGUUCACAAUUGAGGAUUUCCACAAUACGUUCAUGGAUUUGAUCGAGCAGGUGGAGAAGCGGACCCCCGUGGCCGACCUGCUGGCCUCCUUCAACGACCAGAGCACCUCGGACUACCUGGUGGUCUACCUGCGGCUGCUCACCUCGGGCUACCUGCAGCGCGAGAGCAAGUUUUUCGAGCACUUCAUCGAGGGCGGGCGGACCGUCAAGGAGUUCUGCCAGCAGGAGGUGGAGCCCAUGUGCAAGGAGAGCGACCACAUCCACAUCAUCGCGCUGGCCCAGGCGCUCAGCGUCUCCAUCCAGGUGGAGUACAUGGACCGCGGCGAGGGCGGCACCACCAACCCCCACGUCUUCCCCGAGGGCUCCGAGCCCAAGGUCUACCUGCUCUACCGGCCCGGACACUACGACAUUCUCUACAAAUAGGGCCGCCGGCCGCUGCCGCACCGCCCGCCCCUCCGCCAGGCGCUAGACGUGUACAGAGGUUUUCUUGUGGUUGUAAAUGGUCAUACUUCACUCCCCCGCCCCUUCCCUGUCACACGACCUCCCGUGUUUUAUUAAAGGGGACGCUGGUGGUGA